AUGGCGACCUGUGGGAACCCCAAUGCACCGGCUGUGAAAUUCGAACGUCUCCCAACUUUUGCCGAACCAACGCAUUACGAUGUUCGUCUAUUACCAUGUCUGAAUCAAUUCUCCUUCGAAGGGCUAUCCACUGUAGAUGUCACUAUUAAGGAGGCAACGGACGUUCUCAAAGUGCAUGCACAGAGUCUGUUGAUUCAGUCAGUAUCGCUGGUCGCAAAUCCAGGAGACGCUGCAAAGACAUGUGACACUUCCUAUGAUGACAAGCUGAAUAUUUUGAGUAUCAAGCUUCCAUCGGUCGUCCAGCCACAGAAGGUGCAACUUAUUUUCAAAUUUGUUGGAGAACUGAACGAUAAGAUGCGCGGAUUUUAUCGUAGUCAAUACAAGGACAAGAGCGGUUCCGAGAAGUUCCUCGCAUCAACGCAAUUCGAGUCAACUUACGCUCGUUAUGCUUUCCCAUGCUUCGAUGAGCCAAUUUAUAAGGCAACGUUUGAUAUCACUCUCGAGGUCGAGAACCACCUGACCGCUCUGUCCAACAUGAACGUUGUAUCGGAGACCCCUUCUACUGGCGGAAAGCGUAAAAUCGUGAAGUUCGCCACAACUCCAAAGAUGUCCUCAUACCUUGUUGCUUUCGCUGUUGGAGAACUCGAGUACAUCAGCGCUCAGACCAAGAGUGGAGUUGAGAUGCGAGUGUACACUGUUCCUGGAAAGAAGGAGCAAGGACAAUACAGUUUGGAUCUUUCAGUCAAAUGUAUCGAUUGGUACAACGAGUGGUUCGAUAUUCCAUACCCACUUCCAAAAUGCGACCUUAUUGCUAUUCCUGACUUCUCAAUGGGAGCAAUGGAAAACUGGGGCCUUGUCACAUACCGAGAAAUCGCUCUUCUUGUUGAUCCAGGAGUUACUUCCACUCGCCAAAAGUCCCGAGUUGCUCUUGUCGUUGCUCAUGAGUUGGCCCAUUUGUGGUUCGGAAAUCUUGUCACAAUGAAAUGGUGGACAGAUCUUUGGUUGAAGGAAGGAUUCGCCUCUUUCAUGGAAUAUAUGUUUGUCGGCGCGAAUUGUCCAGAAUUCAAAAUUUGGCUUCAUUUCCUCAACGAUGAACUGGCAUCCGGAAUGAGUCUCGAUGGCUUGAGAAACUCGCACCCCAUUGAGGUUGAGAUUGACAAUCCAAAUGAGCUUGAUGAGAUUUAUGAUUCGAUCACUUAUGCCAAAUCGAACUCUGUGAAUCGUAUGCUCUGCUACUAUCUAUCGGAGCCAGUCUUCCAAAAGGGACUUCGGUUAUACUUGAAGAAGUUCCAAUACUCGAAUGCCGUUACUCAGGACCUGUGGACUGCUCUCAGUGAAGCUUCCGGACAGAACGUGAACGAGUUGAUGUCUGGAUGGACUCAACAAAUGGGGUUCCCAGUUCUCAAUGUCUCCCAAAGACAGGAUGGAAACAACCGUAUUCUGACUGUUCAACAGCGCAGAUUCAUUUCUGAUGGAGGAGAGGAUUCAAAGAACAGCCUCUGGCAGGUUCCUAUCACUGUCUCAGUUGGUAGCUCACCGAAUGAUGUGAAAGCUAGAUUCCUUCUCAGAGAGAAACAACAAGAAUUUGUUGUCGAAGGUGUUGCUCCAGGAGAGUGGGUUAAGCUCAAUUCUGGAACUACUGGAUUCUACCGAGUCGAGUAUUCGGAUGAAAUGCUGACUGCGAUGCUCCCUGACAUUGCCUCUCGCAAAAUGCCAGUUCUCGAUCGCUUUGGACUCAUCAAUGAUCUCUCUGCUCUUCUGAACACUGGAAGAGUUUCAAUUGCCCAGUUCGUCCAAGUCGCUGCUUCGUCGGCUAAUGAAGACGAGUACGUGGUGUGGGGAGCUAUCGAUGAAGGAAUGAGCAAGCUAUUGAUGUGUGCCCGAGAAAUGUCUGACGAUACUCUUAAAAGUGCAAAACAACUUGUCAUCAAGAUGUUUGAGAAGUCUGGCGCGGAGCUCGGAUUUGCCGAGCAAUCCGGAGAAGACUCGCAGAAAAUGAUGCUUCGUGCGCUUGUUCAAGCUCGACUUGCCCGUGCUGGUCAUCGGCCAACUAUUGAAAAAUUCAAUCAACUUUUCACCGACUUCUUAGAAAAGGGUACUCCAAUUCACCCAGAUAUUCGUUUGGCCACCUUUGGAGUUGUCGCCCGGUGUGGAGGAAAAGAAGGAUUCGACAAGCUCAUGAAUCUCCGUGAAACAACAACCUUCCAAGAGAUUGAACGUCAAGCCAUGAUUGCAAUGUCGCAGACACCAGAGCAGCCACUGCUGGCCCAGCUUUUCGAAUAUGGAUUCGAGAAAAAUAAAGUUCGCCCACAAGAUCAGCUCUAUUUGUUCGUUGGAACUGGUUCAACUCACAUGGGACAACAGUACGCCUGGAAGUACUUCUGUGAACACAUCAAGGAAUUUUUGGAAAAAUACGGUGGUGCGAACUCUAGUCUGUUCCAGCGUUGUCUGAAAUUUGCUGGAGAGAGUUUUGGAAGUGAGCAACGAGCCGUAGAGUUCCAAGACUAUUUCUGCAAUUGCAAGGAGCUCAAUGAUACUGAUCGCCAAACGUUGGCUAGGCCAAUCGGACAGGUUUGUUUGUCCAGCAAUUUUUUUUUCAAAUUCUUGUUACAGACUGUCGAAGCUAUUCGUCUGAACGCCCGUCUUCUCGAAUCCAAUCGCUCAGUGAUCGAGACUCUUCUCAAACAAAGCAACUUAUAA